GCCUCACGUGCGCGCGCCCACGCGCCCGUCGCACUCCCGAGAAGUCUCGCGAUGUCGUAGCCGGCUGCUCCCGCUGCGGGUGGCUCUGGUUGUUGCUGUGGUUGCCUGAGUUGCUGCUGCGGCGGCGGCGGCAGUGGCAGUGCUGGUGGAGGUGUCGGCCCUUGGGCGGAUGUUGACAUUGUGUUGUUGUUAUUGCUGAUGGUAAUGGCGGCGGCGGCGGCCACGGCCGGGACCCCAUCUCCUCUGUAGCCGGAGCCGAGGCAGCCAAGAGCGAACUCCGCGGCCUCUGAGCCCGAGGCAGCGACUCCCUUCAGCCUUCGCCGCCUCGCCAGUCCGUUUCCCGGCCCCGGCCCCAGGAGUCAGGCCCCUCUGGGCAGGGGCCUCGGAGACUCAGGAUGGCGGAUUUCGACGAGAUCUAUGAGGAGGAGGAGGACGAGGAGCGGGCCCUGGAGGAGCAGCUGCUCAAGUACUCGCCGGACCCAGUGGUGGUCCGCGGCUCCGGUCACGUCACAGUAUUUGGACUGAGCAACAAAUUUGAAUCAGAAUUCCCUUCUUCAUUAACUGGAAAAGUAGCUCCUGAAGAAUUUAAGGCCAGCAUCAACAGAGUUAACAGUUGUCUUAAGAAGAACCUUCCUGUUAAUGUACGUUGGCUACUUUGUGGCUGCCUUUGUUGCUGCUGCACGUUAGGUUGCAGUAUGUGGCCAGUUAUUUGCCUCAGUAAAAGAACACGAAGAUCGAUUGAGAAGUUAUUAGAAUGGGAAAACAAUAGGUUAUACCACAAGCUGUGCUUGCACUGGAGACUGAGCAAAAGGAAAUGUGAAACGAAUAACAUGAUGGAAUAUGUCAUCCUCAUAGAAUUUUUACCAAAGACACCGAUUUUUCGACCAGAUUAGCAUUCACUUUAUUUAUAGAGACUUUCCAAGUAUGUUGUCUUUCCAAUGGUGCCUUGCUUGGUGCUCUCCUGGUGGUGACAUAACAUUGGUUCUACAGAAUCGUGUGGUGGUUUUUUCCCCCUGUUUUUGUUUUUUUUUAAAUAACCGCAUGUUCUAAGUGUGCAUUUUUGUCAAACUUUGCAACAGUUAUUUCAUACAGAUGUUUAAUACUUAAGUUAUUGUGCUCUUUUCUGUUAUGUAUUCUGAUUUUCAAGGAUUACUUUUUUGUAUUAUCGAAAAAAUACAUUUGAACUUAGCAUAAAAAGUGGCCAGCCUUUUUUAUUUUAUCACCAAGGUACACACACAGUCCUCUAUUUAUGGAUUCCAUAACAUAGAAGAACACUUUUGUAAGGCUCUCCUUAUCUAUUCCAAGCACACUCUUUGUAUUACUUUUCCUCCUUUUAAAAAUUAAAAUAUUAUUUCAAAAUAGUAAGUUUUCUUUAAUAACCUAACAUAUCCUUUUCCAUACAAUUCCUAAUGUUCUGUUUACAGCAGAAAUAUCUGUAACAUUAUGAAGACUUAUCAAAUUUUGAAAGUGUUUCUGUCUUCAGAGGUAGUAAGGCGGGAUUAAAUUAUUUUUAAUAGAAUAGACAAAUAAUGAAUGGUAUGCAUGCACCUAAUGGAUACUAGAGCUCAGGAUCACAAAAUAUAGUAGCAUUACAAUCUGUGUAUAUUUUUGAUCAAGAUGAUAAUGGCCUUACUUGCGUUAUUUUUUAUUGUUUAUCAAAUCUUAUAGAGGAAAGUAUGGAAAUACUCCUUUUAAAAAUUUCUAAGGAAAAUAUUUCUCCCAAUCUAACAUAAUUGUAGAAUGGGCAUAUGUUUCUGAAGUUUUUGAAAGAAAGCAGAAGUUCUAGAAUUAAAAUUAAGCUGGUGUUUAAAUACCCCAUUCAUAUUUAGAACAGAUCACUGUUACUAAGAAAUGGAGGACAUAUUUAGUACUGUUUUUAUCCACUAGUUUGCUUUUAGUCCAGUUAUGUUUCCUUUUUUGACUGAGAAUGUGACAUGUAAGUUUGAAUCAGAUUAACAUAUUUCUUUUAAAUAUAUACAAAUAUACAUAUUUUUUCCUUCCUUUUGGUUGUACAUAUCUCCAUGCAUUUUAAAACUUUUUAAAUUUCUGAAUGGCCUAUGUGUAAAGUUUUGUUUUUAUAAACCUGAAAUUAUUCAAGUUUUAAUGUGUGUCAAGAACUUGUUCCAUACAACUGUGGUAUCUGGCAAUAAUGUGAAUAACCUUUGAAAUUAUAUAAACUAUGCUUACUGAUUUGUAUUAAGAAUUGGUACCACUAUACAAUAUCUUUUCUCCUUGUAUUAAAUCUUUUAAAUACCAGUUUCAUUAAUUUA